AUGUUGAGCGUUGCACAAAUUAAUGUAAGAUCGUUACAUAAUAACUUUGAUUUGCUAAAAGAUCACUUACAAAACAAAAACUAUGAUAUCUUAGGUGUUACUGAAACUUGGUUAAACGGUGAUAUAAGUGAUGAAGUUUCUGAAAUCAAUAAUUAUACAUUUAUUAGACAAGAUCGUUUACUGAAUGCUGGAGGAGUUGGUAUUUAUAUAAAAAAUGGCUUACAUUUCUCCGUAAUCUUACAAGAAUGUAAGCCCUUCAUUGAGCAUAUUUGGAUAAAAAUCACCCAAAAUCAUAAUGUAUUAAUAAUGGGAAUUAUUUACAGGCCGCCAGGCUCAAGUCAUAGAGAAUUCUUGGAUUAUUUCGAGGAUCUUUUACCACAGUUUUACGCUCAGUCGGGUAAAAUUGUGUUCUUGGGUGAUUUUAAUAUAGACCAAUUAGACGUUAACUUUUCUUACACUUCCCAACUUAAUAAUAUAUUUGAGUCUUUUGACAUAAAACACUUAGUUAAUGAACCAACUCGUGUGACUGACAGAACAUCUACUUUAAUUGAUUUAAUAUGUUCAAGUUUUGAUGGUGUUUUUGAUGUGGAGAACUUAGAUAUCAAUAUCUCCGACCACUUUCUCACAUGCUGCUUCGAUGAAGCUUCAUUGAAUUUAGUAACAUCGUAUUUAACUCUUCGUACUCAAACUGUGGUAGUUGACGAAAAUCGAUCAAAUAUAUGUAAUAUUCUGUCAGGAGUUCCUCAGGGAAGUAUCUUAGGACCUUUGCUCUUUAAAAUUUAUACUUUUAAUAUUAUAAAGUCCUUAAAACAUUGUGACUAUCAUCAAUACUGCGAUGAUACACAACUAAAAUAUUCCUUCGCUCCUCAUGAGGCGCAGUUAGCCAAUGCAAGAAUUAAUUCUGACCUUCAGGAAAUUUUAACUAGCUCUAACAAACAUCUACUUAAAAUAAAUCCCUCUAAAUCGGUAGCCAUGUUGUUCUGUUCUGAAAAUCAACGUCAUCUAGCCUCUCAAUGCACAAGAAAUACGAACACUCAAACAUCUAUCGAAAACUCAUCGCCUACUUCUCAACCAAAUUAUAUCCAAAAUUGCCACCCCAACCUAACAGAUGCUCAGCCAACUAUCCAUCCUUCACAAUCUUCACCACAAUCUACCAGUCCACAAUCAACAGAAACAACCAAUCCUUCUCUAUUAGAUUCAAAUCCCAUUCAAACACCUCUCCAGCCAGAUAACGUUGAAAUGAAUAUUCACAGCCAAAAUCAACCUCCUACAUCCUCUGACACUCAAUCGUCUAAACGAACGGUAUCAGAAAUAACGUCUCCUCCAACAUCAGUAGACCAGAACCUAUUUAAAGAACCUCUCCGUAAAUCUAAGAAAGCAAAAACUGUUCCUGAAGAUAAUAAUAAUUUAGCAGAAGAUCUUACUAAAUACACUAGUUCUUUUUUCCAAGAUAAUUCUGAUAACGGAUAUCUAACCCAGGAAGAAUUAAUUGAUUUCUUCGAAAACGCACACGGCUCUGCUGAUCCUCUCAGCAUUGCUAAAACUAUCGAGAGUCUCCUUUUUGAAUGCAACAUUACCGAAGGCGCCUUCUACGGGGACAGACCUGCGCACACUAUUCUACAUUUUCCAAUUAGUGUUGAUGCAGGGUUUGCCAUUGAUGAAUGUCCUCAUAACCCUAUAUACAUACCAGUAAGCAGCAGCAUACGUGAAAUUACCAAAAUUACCGUUAGUGUAGUCGAUCAAGAAUUAGGACCAGUCAACUUUAGAGGAGAGAAAAGUACUCUGCAUUUGAAUUUUAAGGAACGAUAG